AUGUCUGGUCGGAGGGUGCUGGAUGUGAUCCAGUUCCUCAAUGUCUCCAAAUCGAUUGCGGCCAAGCAUCUGGCCAUUCGCCAGCAUCAGCUCGAUGUCUACACACGAACCUCAUCCUUGACCAAGGGCAUUAAGGAUCAGACCGAGGGGUUGAUCCUGACCGCACAAGCCGCUGCCGCGUUGGCGCGUCGCUUCAACGACGAGCCCUCGCCACCUCCACCGACCCCGAGCGCGCCCUCCCGGUCGCCGACGACGCAGGCCGCCGAGCCAUCGGCCGAUAGACCCUCUAGCUCCCAGACCACUGCGAGUGCAACCUCUCCCACCCCAGAAAAUGCCCGGAUACUGCAGCGCCAGGCCGAGUUCCAGGUGCCGGGCUCCGCGGCGCAAUACAUUGGCGAUGAGACGCCGGACAACCUGAAUAUUAGCCCACAGCAGGAGGUAAACUACCGACCUUCUCAUGAGAUCGCACCGGACUUGUCCGCCUUGCCCCGAGUGAAGCUGCCUAAAGCUGCCGGAGAUACUCAAGUAAUCGGACAGGAUGGCUUGAAUGCCGAUACAUUCAAUGCGGCGGCAGGUGCCGAGAAACAGGAAUUGUCGGAGGAGAUGAUGCAGGGCCUCUUCCACAGCCCGAGAGUAUCACGCAUGAUGUCAGGGAAGCCGGCGCCCCCACCUGCGGCCCAGAGACAGUGGCCACCGGCGGACAGAGAUCAGUUUGUGCGACAUCAGCUCGCCGAGGCGACAAAGGCAUCUGAUGUCCAGACAGAGACUGCGGUCAAGUUAGAGGUGAAGGAAGUGGAGGAAUGGGCGGCCAGUGUUGCAGAUGAUGUAACGUCACCUGCCGCUAAGGUUGUGAUGGGAGAGAAGCCGGCACCAUACCAGAUGAUGGAGUCCCGGGUGCCAUCUUCUCGAUUGGGUCGAUUAUGGCAGUAUGGUGGGCUGGCAACCUCAAUGGCAUUUGGUGCCGUCACCGAGACUAUGCGACGGGCCACUGGCGGCCAAGAGAGCGGCUCAAUCAUGUUCAGCGCGGGCAAUAUGGAACGCCUAGUAGCUAAGCUGUCAAAGAUGCGUGGUGCUGCACUUAAGCUGGGCCAAAUGUUGAGCAUCCAAGAUUCCAAUAUGCUGCCCGAGCCAAUUCAGGUAGUCCUGCAGCGUGUUCAAGACCGCGCUGAUUACAUGCCCGCCUCACAACGUGAUAAAGUUUUGGCCGAUAACCUAGGCCCCAACUGGCGGGACCUGUUUACUUCGUUCGACGAGGUCCCCAUGGCUGCCGCGUCCAUCGGCCAAGUCCACGCUGCCGUGCUCAAGAGCACCGGCAAGCCAGUGGCCGUUAAGGUCCAGUAUCCGGGUGUUGCCGACUCCAUCGACUCUGACUUGAACAAUCUCUCCAUUCUUCUGACUGCCUCCCGCCUCCUCCCCCGCGGCCUCUACCUCGACAAGACAAUUGCGAACGCCCGUACCGAACUCGCCUGGGAAUGUGACUAUCUCCGUGAGGCUGAGUGCGGCGCCCGCUUCCGCGAGCUCCUACGCGAUGACCAGGUCUUCGUCGUCCCCGAAGUCAUGCCCGAAGCCUCCGGCAAACAAGUUCUCACAAUGGAAAUGCUAGAAGGCGUGGCCGUCACUAAAAUCCAAGAUUUCACCCAAGAACAGCGCGACUGGAUCGGUACACAGAUCAUGCGUCUGUGUCUUCGCGAGAUUACCGAGUUCCGCUACAUGCAGACCGACCCCAACUGGACUAACUUCCUGUACAACGCGCGCACAAACCGCCUCGAGCUUCUCGACUUUGGCGCCUCGCGCGAGUACCCCGAGGAGUUCAUAACCAAGUACGUGCGCACACUGGUAGCCGCGUCUCACAAUGACCGCACCGCCUGCCACGACCUCUCCGUCGAACUGGGCUACCUCACCGGCAUGGAGUCCCAAGCCAUGGCCGACGCACACGUCUCGUCUAUCGUCACCAUUGCAGAGCCCUUCAUGCUUUCCUCGCCGGAUAUAUAUGACUUCCGGAACCAGACUAUUACGGACCGCGUGCGCGCUUUGAUCCCGCUGAUGAUUCGUGAGCGGUUGGCGCCCCCGCCUGAGGAGACGUACUCGCUGCACCGCAAGCUGAGUGGUGCUUUCUUGCUGUGUGCUCGGCUGGGCAGCCGGGUGCCUUGUAAGGAGCUUUUUGCUGAGGCUGUUCGUAAGGCUGAGGCGAAGGGGCUGGAUUUGGAGGACCACAAAUAG